UCCCGGUGCCCGCCCGCCAUGCGUCCUGCGGGCCCGAGCGCCUCGGUAUUGCUCCGUGUCCUUGGCGGUCUGCACCUGCUGCUGCUGCUGUGGCCACCAGCCACCAGGGGAGGGCGUGAUGUGAGGAUGGGUCCAGCUUGGUGUGGUGCUCCACCUGAACUAGAUUUUGCAGUGCUCCAAGAGCGUUUUAGGAACAGGAAUCGGUUUAUGUUCCGCGACGUUGUCGAAUAUGACUGCCGUCCAGGCUACAGAUUUGUAGGUGAACAAAAACGAAUAGUUUGCCUUCCAGCGGUGGGAUGGGCCCGACCAUCUCGGUUUUGUACAAAAAUGUCAUGUCCUAAUCCUGCACCAUUAAUAAAUGGUGAUAUCCAGAUACCAGCUAACAGAUUAUUUGGUGAAGUCAUGGUCUUCUCAUGUCAUGCUGGGUUCAAACGAUUUGGUGAAGGAAGUGCUACGUGUAUCGCUGUGGGUGAUACUGUUCAGUGGAGUAACCCAAUUCCAAUUUGCAGCCGUACUUGUGGUGUUCCACCCGACGUAGAGUUUGCAACACUCUCAGUGUAUUAUCGGGACUGGGAUGAGUAUCCAGUCAACACCACUGUGGAAUAUAUCUGCAUUCCAGAGUACACACAAAUCUCUGGUGUAAAUCGAACACGAAUUUGCCUUCCAAAUUUAGAAUGGUCCAGUGUACCUAAAUUUUGUAGAAGAUUUCUAUGUCCUGUUCCUAAACCAGUAAUAAAUGGUGAAGUCAGGUUACCAGGAUUCAGAAGUGAAGGUUCACUGUUACUCUUCUUGUGUCAUGAUGGGUAUCAACUAGUUGGUCCACAAUUUGUUUCCUGUAUCGCUGUGGAUGAUGAGGUUCGGUGGAAUAUCACAGGUCAACAAUGCACAGAGAUUACUUGUGACGCACCACCACAAAUCCCGUAUGCAAGAUUAAGUGCAGGAGAAGAGGCAUUUUAUGUAUAUAAUAACACUGUAACGUACUCGUGUGAUGAAGGCUUUUCCUUGGUUGGAGAAGACUCUAUUCAGUGCACUUUAGUAAACGGUCAGGGAGAUUGGAGUGGCCCAGGACCUACAUGCGAAGGAAAUGAGACCAUUGAAAAUUAUGAAAAUCUAGUAUUCUCACCAUCUUUACGGAGAUCCAGGGCACAUUCAGAUUCUUCCACAUUUAUACCUGGUGUUAUUGCUGCUGUGGUAAUAUUUGGUUCCAUAGGUUUAGGCUUGGGACUAUGGAAAUUCUAGGGUGCAUGUCUCCCCGUGUAACUGAAACCAUGAAUGAGGGGACUGCUGUAUUUUUUUGAAUGGUCUCAUUGGAAAUUUGCGCUUUUAUAAAAUACAUGGGAACAACAAAACAAUGUUAUGUUUUAUACUUAAGUGUGACUGCUGAUACCUCAGAAAUAAGAUCUUCUGGUAAAUUAUAAAAGGUAUAUGUGAUUUAAUAAAAUCGUAUUUCUGUAUGUUGUAAUACAGGUGUUUGGGCUUUCUCCAUGACUUAUAAAGGCUAACAGGGGCUUAAUUAAAUUUCUACUGUUGCCAGAACUAUUUCUUCUUUAUUGAAUGCAUGACUAACACGUUGAAUCUGUCAUUACUGUGACACAUCAUAGUUCUGGACUUGUUAGCAGUACGGUUAUCUCAUCCUGUACUUUGCACUCAGUUUAUUGUAAUGUUAUAAUGGCACAAAUAUUAUGGGAGCAAGGGAUUAUACAGUGGAAUUUACAAAGAAUGUUUCCAUUAUGACAAUUUGUCUCAUGAGAUACUUGGUCUAUCUUGUAUAUGGUUCUCCUUUUGCUUGUGGCUUUUAGGGUUCUCAGUGUUUAAGAAAUAUGACAAUAUGUGUUAAAAUAUCUUUUUUGUAGGUCAUGUUUAUAGAUCUUAAAAGAUAUAUCUUUUAUGUCUUUAUACAAAAUUAUUACAUAAAAAUAACUUGAUGUGAAUGUAUCUUUCAAACUUUCCUAGUCUCUCAAUGACUCUUUCCUCUGUUCUACAUGUAGUAUUCAGGGUUUCUUUAAUUGACUUUUUAAUUUUUAUUCAUUUAAAUAUUUUUUUUAUUUCCCUCAAAUAGGGAUUCAUUGACUUAUUAUCCGAAUGUAUAUGUUAAUUGAUUCUAGCUUGGCCACUAUUAAUGUCAAGAAACUAAAAACCCAACUGUCACAUUUUAGCUGUUGCUAUAGCUACUAAACUAUACUUGCAGAAAGUUGUUAUUGUCUGUAACUUACUAAUUUUUCAUUUGUUUUGCACCCUACAUUAACCAAUUCUUUUUGAUAAUUUAUCACAUAGUAAGUAAAAAUCAGUGUUUCUCACUAGUAAAUAAAAUCAUUUUUAUUUAACUUUUUCUUUU